AUGUCGGAGCCUCCGAGCUCCAUGUCCCGCUCGCGCUCGACGACCUCGUUGUAUGAGUCUUCCGGCUACGGCGACGAGUCCGAGGGUUCCAGCUCCGUGGACGAAUCUUUCAGCCUCGAAAACACGUCUUUUGUAGAGCCAUUUGUAGAGAAGGCUCUCAGCAUUUACUCCAAGGGUUCCAGCUCCAUGACCUACACCCGGACCGAAAGACAGUGCAUCCUCCUCCUCGCCCUAGUGGCUCUUCACGUGGUCGGAGGCCGAAACAGAAGGGCACGGAGUGCGAUGGCCACUCCAUCCCGCGUGGCGCCGCGAGGUGCCGUCACAAAGCCGACAACCCGCACGCAGAACAAGCUCUCCAUCUCGAAUCCGGCGGCGGCUGCUCGCUUACUGCAGAAGCAGCAGGAGCAGGAAAAGCAGGAGGAGGAAGAACAGCAGCAGUACGAGGAGGAACGGGCGAGACAACUGCAGGCCCAGUCACGGGAACAGAGUCAGUACGCGCGCGACAGAACAAGGAGAUGGGUCGAAUCACUCGCCCGCCAUGGUCCAGAAUCCCAGGCAACUUUGCACCACUCCAAACCGGACUCUUCUCAACCAGCAGCAGCAGCAGCAGCAGCAGCAGCAGCAACCACUUUACGGAGAAGCCCGAGAGCCAACAAUAGUCGCAAGCAAGAGCAGGAACCACAGCAAGAGACCGGCGUCAAGAGAAUGCAACAAGAGAGCCGUGUCAAAAAACCGCAACAAGAGACCCAUGUCAAACAACCACAAGACACGGAGAAGAGAUUGAAAAGAUUUCGGAGCAAACCUCCCAUGUCAUUCCAAAUCAAGCUUGAACGAGCAAAGUCUCAACGGAUGAUCGUCCUGGGUCGCAAACGCAUCGUCAAGGACGAUGCUCCCUGCGAACUACUGGAAAUUGUCGGAUCAACGGGCAACGUGUAUGAAGUCGUCAUCGGUCGCAUGCCGAGCUGCAACUGCCCCGACGCACUCAAGGGCAACGAAUGCAAGCACAAGGUCUACGCCAUGCACACGGUUCUUAAAGCACCCGAACAUCUUCAGUACCAAAUGGCCCUUCUGAUCAGCGAACUUGAAGAGAUCUUCGCCAGUGCACCCCCGAUCCCAUCAGAGGUCGCGGCGAGUGACCUGGAAAAGGACUCGCAACAGCCUGGUAACAAUCGCAAGUCUACCGACGGCGAAUGUCCAAUCUGCUACAUGGAUCUCGACCCGAAGAACAACAAACUUGUGUGGUGCAAGGCACAGUGUGGCCACAACUUGCACCAGUCCUGUUUCGACCAGUGGGUAGCUAGUAUGGCGGGCAGAGAGGUACGCUGCGUAUACUGCCGCGCGACGUGGGAGGUUGACGUCGGGGACGCCGAAGCCAUCAAGAAAGCUGGACGCCACGGCGAAGAUGGGUACAUCAAUGUUGCAGAGCAGGUUGGCAUGUCGGGCCACAGAGAUUAUUCAAGCUACCACCGCCCAUGGGUACGGAGACAAUUUGGUGGAUGGUGA